AAUACCUAAGAUCGUUUUACUCCUCUGUAACUUGUUAAAAAACGUAAAUAUCGCAAAAUGAAUACCAAGGCAGUGAUUGUCAGUGUGCUGAUUGCCUUUGUCUGUGUGCAGUUCGUCAACUCCCUGGUGUGCUACACCUGUGUCACACCAAAGGACUGCAAGAGUCCCAAGAAAGUCACCUGCACCAAUGCGGCUGCCAAUGAGACAAGCCACCACCUUGGAGUUUACCAUCAGAAUGUAAGAAACGUGACCAGCACACGUUUCGACUGCCUUGUCCUGAAGUACACCUACAAUAAAGAAGUGAUCCAUCAGCUCCAUGGCUGCGUCCAUCCGGCAGUUGGACCCUGCAGCCUGGCCCUGAAGCCGGCCUAUGCUCACUACAAUAAGACAACUUGUCUCACCUGCUCAGGUGAUAAAUGCAACAAGAGUCCUGCGGGAAAGAUGAGCAGCAGCACUAUGACCAUUGCGGCUAGCGUAUUGGGUCUCUUGCUGGUCAAGAUCUAUGCCUAAAAGACAAGGCUGUAUUGAUAUAGAGAUGAGCUAAGAACAAGGGAUCCUCCGUUAAUAAAUUAAUUCUUUUUAUACAUGUUUUUUGUA